AUGUCUGCAGUCGAGAAAUUCCCCAUCCUGCUCAGCGAAGCCGAAGAAGAAAGCUCUGCUGUUCCCCCCCUGCUUCUCACACGAGGGCAUCAACGUACGUUCCAAACAACCUUAAUCUUGCAUGAGCGACACUCCUCCUUUACUCCUUUUGUGCGCUACCUUUAUAUCCGUCAUAGCAACCUUUACAUCUUGGCAUUGACUAAGAGGAACACCAAUGCCACCGAGAUCCUUCUCUUCCUCCACAAGCUUGUGGAGGUCUUUACCGAAUACUUCAAAGUGUUGGAGGAGGAGAGUAUCCGGGAUAACUUUGUCAUCAUCUAUGAAUUACUCGACGAAAUGAUGGAUUUCGGAUACCCACAGACAACAGAGAGCAAGAUCUUGCAAGAAUAUAUCACUCAGGAAUCACACAAGUUGGAGGUGCAAGCACGACCACCGAUCGCCGUCACAAAUGCCGUGUCCUGGCGUAGUGAAGGUAUCCGUUACCGCAAGAACGAGGUCUUCUUAGAUGUGGUUGAAUCCCUCAACCUCCUUGUAUCGGCAAAUGGCAACGUCCUGCGAUCUGAGAUUCUGGGCGCUAUCAAGAUGAAGUGUUAUCUGAGUGGAAUGCCCGAGCUGCGUCUUGGAUUAAACGACAAGGUGAUGUUCGAGACAACAGGUCGUGCUACUCGAGGCAAGUCUGUGGAGAUGGAAGAUGUCAAGUUCCACCAGUGUGUACGGUUAUCACGAUUUGAGAACGAUCGCACAAUUAGCUUCAUUCCUCCAGAUGGCGAGUUUGAGUUGAUGAGCUACCGAUUGAAUACUCAGGUCAAGCCUUUGAUCUGGGUUGAGUGUUUGGUUGAAUCGCACUCUGGUUCACGAAUCGAGUACAUGCUCAAGGCCAAAGCACAGUUCAAGCGUCGCAGCACAGCUAAUAAUGUUGAGAUCCUUGUCCCUGUCCCCGAAGACGCAGAUUCUCCCCGAUUCCGCACAAACAUUGGAACUGUGCACUAUGCGCCCGAGAAGUCAGCGAUUAUCUGGAAGAUCAAGCAGUUUGGUGGUGGCAAGGAGUUUCUCAUGCGGGCGGAGCUGGGUCUGCCAUCCGUAAAGGGAGACGACGAGCAUGGUGGUGGUAUGACUGGAGGCUUUGGAGGUAGUAUGGGUGGUGCUGGAGUCGGCAAAGCAAAGCGACCUAUCAACGUGAAGUUUGAGAUCCCCUAUUUCACUACUAGUGGUAUCCAAGUGCGCUACUUGAAGAUCACCGAACCAAAGCUGCAAUACCCCUCUCUCCCUUGGGUGCGCUAUAUCACACAAUCCGGCGAUAUUGCCGUCCGUAUGCCAGACGUGCAAUAA